AUAAAUAUAACGGGAAUAAAUGUAAUAAAGUAACCAUUUUCCGAGUAUAUACAUUACCAAUUUGAAUCAGCAUCUGUCGAUAUGAUUCUUAUAAUUUGUGUCAUCAUGUAAUAUAUGUCAUCAUGUGAUUUGAGAGUAUAAGCAAAAAUGAAAUCCUGGAAGAUAUCAUUCUUGCGUUUCAUCAUGACUCAGGCAAAUAAUUACAAUAAAACUUUUCCACCGUAACGCAUUCAUAUAAUUGAAGCCAAGACGAGUCGGUAGUAUUCUUGUAAGUGAUGUCGUUAAAGGCAGUACAAACGUGAAUGUGCAGUAGUGUAAAUCUUUAGUUUAAUUAGAGUUUAAUUAGGAGGCCCUUAAGGACAAAGCUAUCACCUGUUUUUACAUCUGUGAAAAUAAUCCUUGAUCAACAACCAGUAAAGUGAAAGACUAGCACUAGCUAUGGAACUUUUAGAUUUAUUAUCUAUCAUUGUUUUCAUAAUUUUUAUCAUCAAUUACUACUUUACAUCAACCUUUGAUUUUUGGAAAUUGCGUAAUGUUCCUGGUCCACAACCAAUUGCAUUGUUUGGUAAUAUCAAAGAUGUUAUGCUAGCUAAGAAAGCUAUGAGUGAUUAUUUGAUGGAAAUAUAUAACAGUUACAAAGAUGAGCCUGUAAUUGGCAUAUUUGCUAGAAGAAGUCCUAUUCUUAUUGUAAAAGACCCAAAUUUGAUCAAAGAUGUUCUUAUCAAAGAUUUCUCCAACUUUGCCGACAGAGGACUUACUAUUCAUGAGAAGACUGAACCACUGUCGCAACACUUAGUCGCUUUAGAACCAAAAAGGUGGAGGCCCUUAAGGACAAAGCUAUCACCUGUGUUUACAUCUGGUAAAUUGAAAGAUAUGUUUCCUCUAAUAUUAGAAUGUUCUGAACAUUUAGAACAAUACGUAGAGAAAUUGGCUAGUAAGAAUGAGCCUGUAGAGUGCCGUGAGCUGACGGCAAAAUAUACAACUGAUGUUAUCGGUAGCUGUGCUUUUGGUAUCGAUACGAAUUCACUGUCCGACGUGGACAGCGAAUUUCGUAGAAUGGGAAGAGAAGUGUUUGCAACGAAAUGGCAAAAUGUGAUGCGACUCAGAAUCAAACAAGCUGCACCAUGGUUUUACAAUAUUCUCGGUUAUAUCCUACCACAAACAAAUUUCACCAAAUUCUUCACACGCAUUCUCAUGGAAAAUCUGGAUUAUAGAGAAAAGAAUAAUAUUGUUCGACACGAUUUCGUUGAUAUGCUACUUGAAUUAAAAAGGCAUCCGGAUAAAAUCGACAUUGAAUUGACCGACAGUGUAAUUGCUUCUCAAGCAUUCGUAUUUUUUCUCGCCGGCUUUGAAACUUCAUCAACCACCAUGAGUCAUGCACUUUACGAGUUGGCACAGAAUCAUAAAAUACAAGAUAAACUACGAGAAGAAAUUAAUCAUAAGUAUGCAAAAAAUGAUGGCAUUUUAACGUAUAACAACAUCAAAGAAAUGGACUACUUAGAUAAAGUUUUUAAAGAAACAUUACGGAAAUAUCCGCCGGCGACAUUUCUGAUGAGGAAAUCGACAUCGGAUUAUACUUUCGACGGUACAGAAAUUAAUAUAUCGAAAGGCCAAACUGUAUGGAUACCAGUUUAUGCGAUUCAACGAGAUCCAAAUAUAUAUCCGGAUCCGGAAGUUUUCGAUCCAGAGAGAUUUAACGAGGAAGCCAUGCAAACCAGGAACGCUAUGUUUUACUUACCUUUUGGCGACGGCCCAAGGAAUUGCAUAGGUGCCCGCUUUGCUGUUUAUCAGACCAAAAUUGGACUCGUAAAGAUAUUGCGAAACUACAUUGUUGACAUUUGUGAGAAAACGCAAAUACCUUAUAUAAAUGAUCCUAAAGCGUUUCUACUGGCACCAACAGGUGGAAUAUACUUGAGAAUAAUCAAAAUCAAUCAAACUUAAUGUGCAAUACUCCACAAGAGAAUACAUUGAAAAAAAAGGAAAUCAUUAUAUUAUUUAAAAUAAUGAAUUCUAUAUUAUCUCAUUUUCUCGUAAUAUCACAUUUAUACAACAGCUGGAAUGGUUGGUCAUAGUAUGUUCAAUAGAUACGAUAGAUAUUAUUAUCGUAGAGUUAACGAAGCUAAUGGAAAACUAAAGAUUCUCAAGGUAGUGUGAACUCUUUCAAUAUGGAAAGAUUGAUAUAAUCGCUCGCUGUGUAACACGGGUUAAAAAAUUGUCAAUUUACUGAUCCUUUUCUCCCCUUUUCUUUUCCUUCCUCUACUCCCCCUUUUCUCUCGCGACGUAUACCCCUGUAACCAUGUACAACUACAUCCAUCAGCAGGAAUAUUUCCUAAGACCCGCUUAUAUCAAAAAGAUUAAUUUUGCUACUACAAGAAUAUACAACUUCGAAGAUAUGUAACUAUAUAUACGUAACUAUAUAUACAUAGAUAUAAGUAAUGAAUAUAUAUACAUAUAUAUGUACAUAUAUACGUUUGGCUACGAACUCGUGCAAUUUACGAAAUGUGCGCAAUGAAAUUAGUUUGAUAAAAAAACCAAAUAUACUCGACAACAAAUAAAGGUAAAAUUAUUAUAUUACUA